AUGCUCGAUCCUCGUGCCCUCUCGACAAAUGAAGUUUUACCAGAUGACGACCGGAACCAGCUCGUGAAGCAGCGAGCAGCCGCACGGAGCGAGCUGGCGCUCUUGGAUGCACAGAUAGCGCUCACGGAGCUUGAGCUCGUCGACAAUGACGAUAGUCAGACACCACCCUCCUCCCCGUUCGCCAGCCAGCAAAUUCACGACAUCUCCAAUAGGCGGCGGCGGCGCAAGACGCUCACAUCUCUCAUCUCCGCUUACGACACCGCGCUUGCGCCACACAAGUACCUCCCCGCUGAGCUCCUCGCAUACAUUUUCACCCUCGCCUUCAAUGGAGCCCACUUCCCCACCCACCUGCCCCCACCUCCGACACCCCGGGGCCGGAAUGGGGGCAGCACCGCGGCAGGCACCCCGCUCGCCCUGUGCCAUACGUGCUCCAGGUGGCGCAUAGUCGCGCUGAAUACUCCCGAGCUCUGGACAGAUGUGGUGUUAUUGUACACCAAGGCGACUGACCCCUAUCGCACGAUGAGCGUGGUGGAGGAGUGGUUCGCGAGGGCGGGGUCGACGAAGCCGCUCUCGUUGACGAUAAGCAGGUGGUCGGGCCCUCGUACUUGCGGGGGGAUGAGGAAGGAUCAUGCGGAUGUUUUGGGCGCCUUUUUCGAGCGCUUGGUGCUUCCGAAUACUAGGCGCUUCAGGCAGCUUAGUCUCUGCCUCGCCAAACGCGAGCUCGUCGCACUCCUCAAUAUGCCAGCGCUUUCUUUCACUUUACUCGAAUCAAUUUCUUUGGCAAUGGAUCGUGACAACCGGUCGACGCCUAACCCUACGAAGAACGCUAAAUCCCCAUUUCUCACUAAUGCUCCACGACUAACAGACUUCGAACUAAACAACUUCGGCCGUCGAAUUGGCCUCUGGACGAGGAAUCUGUGUCCUUACGAAAAGCUUACUCGAUUUCGGUGCACGAAAACACCGCUACUAAUAUCCGAAUGCCACAGCAUCCUGAAGAGAUGCCGCAGGCUCGUUGACUGCCACUUAGAUAUAUGUGGACUUUCACGCACCAACUCUCUGGAAUCACCCUCUAAACGCAUCGAACUACCCCUCCUCAGCACCCUCCACAUCGAGUUCGACUACGAGUCACAACCCUCCGCAAUCCAAACCAACCUCCAACGGGACGUCGAAGCCUUCUUCGAACCCCUCUAUUUACCCAACCUGAAAGAGCUUAGCAUCUCCUUCGCGCAAUGGAGGCUGAGGACGUUUCCGCACCAAGCCCUUGUGACCUUCCUCACGCGCUCGUGCUGUGAGCUCGAGGGACUCAAGAUCGCUGACGCCGACCUCGAGGCCGCAGCGGUGUCGGACCUGAUUAAUGCCCUGCCCUCGCUCAAAGCCCUCCACAUUGGAGUCGACAAUCUUCUACCACGCACGGCGCUCCCGCAGAUGGCGGCGGGAGAGCUCCUCCCAAAGCUUGAGUUCCUCGUGUGCCGGAUCGAUGACCUCGAAAGUAUGAUUAAGAUGCUCGAGCUUAGGUGGAAGGAGGCGGACUCGACGGAGUGUGACAGCGAUGGUUGGGAGAGCCCGAGCACGAUUCGGCCGUCAUGCUUGAAGUUCGUCAUGGUGGAGUACGUCGGUGCGCGGAUUGCACGCGACCAGGCGGUUAGGGUGGAUCGCCUGAGGGACAACGGGGUGAGGAUCGAAAUGAUACGGGCGAGUGUCGAAAGGGCUUCGGACUAA